UUUUUACGAAGAACCCGGGCACUACGCACCCAGUUUUUGCAAUUAAUAUUUGGGAAUCUUACAUUUUUACUUCACCAUGGCUGAUGGAAAUGCUGAAUGUAAUAUCAAGGUUUUGUGUCGCUUUCGUCCAUUGAACCAAUCAGAAAUUAUCCGUGGAGACAAGUUUAUUCCAAUAUUUCAAGGAGAAGACACUGUCAUCUUUGGGGGCCGGCCUUAUGUGUUUGACAAGGUGUUCCCCACUAACACCACCCAGGAGCAGGUCUACAACACCUGUGCCAAGCAGAUUGUGAAAGAUGUCCUGGGUGGAUAUAAUGGCACCAUCUUCGCUUAUGGGCAGACAUCAUCUGGGAAGACACACACAAUGGAGGGGAACCUGCACGACCCACAGGGAAUGGGAAUCAUCCCACGCAUUGCAGAGGACAUUUUCGAGCACAUAUUUGCCAUGGAUGAGAACCUGGAGUUUCACAUCAAGGUGUCCUACUUUGAGAUCUACAUGGACAAAAUCCGGGACUUGUUGGAUGUGACGAAGACUAACCUGUCAGUGCACGAAGACCGAUACAGAGUUCCCUAUGUAAAGGGAUGUACAGAGCGUUUCGUCACGAGCCCUGAGGAGGUGAUGGAUGUGAUAGAUGAAGGAAAGGCCAACCGCCAUGUUGCAGUCACCAACAUGAAUGAGCACAGCUCUCGCAGCCACAGCAUCUUCCUAAUAAAUAUCAAACAGGAAAAUGUGGAAACCGAGCAGAAACUGAGUGGGAAGCUGUACUUAGUCGACCUAGCAGGUAGCGAGAAGGUCAGUAAGACAGGUGCAGAGGGAGCCGUGCUGGAUGAAGCCAAGAACAUCAACAGGUCUCUGUCUGCCCUGGGGAAUGUCAUCUCAGCCCUGGCAGAAGGAACGAAAUCCCAUGUACCGUACCGAGACAGCAAAAUGACACGCAUCCUUCAGGACUCGCUGGGCGGAAACUGUCGCACCACAAUGUUCAUCUGCUGCUCCCCCUCCAGCUACAAUGAUGUGGAGACCAAGUCCACCUUGAUGUUUGGCCAAAGAGCCAAGACCAUACGCAAUACAGUGUCGGUGAACCUGGAGCUCACAGCUGAACAGUGGAAGAAGAAAUAUGAAAAAGAAAAAGAGAAGAACCGCUCGCUGAAGGAGAACAUUCAGAGACUGGAGAUCGAGCUCAACCGCUGGAGGAAUGGGGAAUACAUGAGCAGGGAAGAAGAGCUGACUUCAGUAAAAACCCUUCCCUUGCUGCCUCCUGAAUCUGAAGAGGCCAUCCCCGACAUAUCCAGCCCCUGUACCCCCUGCACUCCCUGCACUCCCUGCUCUCCCUGCUCCAUCGCCUCCUCCAUCGUGGUCCAUAUUUCUGACGAGGAGCGCCAAAAGUACGAGGAGGAGAUCCGCAAGCUCUACAAACAGCUGGAUGAAAAGGACGAUGAGAUCAACCAUCAGAGCCAGAUGGUGGAGAAGCUGAAGAAACAGAUGCUGGAUCAGGAGGAGUUAUUGGCGUCUUCGAGGGGUGACAGUGAGAAGGUGCAGUCAGAGCUGGGCCGGCUGCAGUCGGAGAACGAGAGGUCCAAAGCAGAGGUGAAAGAGGUGCUGCAGGCCCUGGAGGAGCUGGCUCUCAACUAUGACCAGAAGAGCCUGGAAGUGGAGGAGAAGACCACCAAGAACACACUGCUGGCAGAGGAGCUGACCAAGAAAAUGACUCGUCUCGUGGCUUUGGAGGCGGAGCUGUCCCGUAUCCAGGAAGUGAGCAGUCACCAGAGGAAACGCAUCGCCGAGAUCCUCAACGGCCUGAUGAGGGACUUGAGCGAGUUCAGCACAAUAGUUGGAAACCGGGACAUCAAGCUACCGGCAGAAAUCACGGGUGCUAUUGAAGAGGAGUUCACGGUAGCGCGCCUCUACAUCAACAAGAUCAAGUCGGAAGUGAAGUCUAUGGUGAAGCGUUGCCGUUACUUGGACAACCUUCAGAUUGAGUGUCAGCGCAAGAUGGAGGAGACAGGCAAGGAGCUGUCCUCAUGUCAGCUCCUCGUUUCACAGCAUGAAGCAAAGAUCCGCUCUUUGACUGAGUGCAUGCAGAACGUGGAGCAGAAGAAGAGACAGCUGGAGGACAGCUAUGACUCUCUCAAAGAGGAACUGGCCAAACUCCAAGCUCAAGAGAGUGUGUCGCGGGUGGCCAUGCGGGAGAAUCACACAACUGUCCAGAAGUCAGCCAGAAUAAAGAGGGCCAUGGAGCAGCAGAUGGCCUCACACAGAGAGGCACACAGCAAACAGCUCAGCCUUCUGAGAGAUGAACUCAGCGAGAAGCAGAGGACCAUCGACCAGCUCUCAGAUUGUAACCAGAAACAGCAGUUGGAGCUGGAUCAACUUCAUGAGGAUUUUGAACAUCUGAAGAGCCAGGAGCAUCACAAGAGUAGGCAGCUGGAGGAACUGACGUUUCUUAAUGAGCGACAUGAGCAGUCAAAGCAGGACCUCAAAGGACUGGAGGAGACUGUUGUAAGUCAUGAUGAUUUCAUUUCUCAUCUCUCAGUUAAUAUGUUUUUGGCUGUUGUAACUUUUCACUUUGUACUGUGUGUCUUUAUGCUUAAGGCUCGUGAGCUCUACAGCCUGCACAACCUCCGCAAGCUGUUUGUUCAAGACCUCACCACUCGAGUCAGAAAAAGUUCAGACUUGCACCUGGAUGACAGUGGAGGAUAUUUCACUCAGAAACAGAAGAUUUCCUUUCUCGAGAACAACUUGGAACAGCUCACAAAAGUUCACAAACAGCUGGUCCGUGACAAUGCAGACCUGCGCUGUGAGCUUCCAAAGUUGGAAAAGCGUCUUCGCUCUACAGCGGAGCGAGUCAAGGCUCUGGAGGGGGCACUGAAGGAGGCCAAGGAGGGCGCCAUGAAGGACCGCCACCGCUACCAGCAGGAAGUGGAGCGCAUCAAAGACGUGAUGAUCAGGACUCGCAACCCUUUCCGCCGCCCACACGCAGCUCAGAUCGCGAAGCCAGUACGUCCGGGCCAUUACCCGCUGUGUCCUCCCACCAAUCCCUUCUUGAGCCGAGGCUUCAGUGAGCACCCCAUCGCCUUCUGCAAUGCUGUCUUCUACAACCAAAACAAACAGAAAGCAUCUGAUCCCGCUGAGCCGCUUUCUCCAGAUAGUGAGCCUGAGUCCACACCGAGCAGCCCCACCAAGACUCCCCACGCACAAGACAGUCAGGAGUGUGAUAAUGGACUUCAAAACAGCAUGCCUACAGUGGAACCAGUGAACACAGCUGCCAACAGCACAGCAGAGAUGCUCGAUACAGAAAAUGGCAACACCACUGACAUCAAUGACAACAGCAUGUGUCUCAAUGUGAAUUCUGUCUCCACAAGUGUCAUCUGCGACAAUCAGGACCAAAUCCAGCUCUACGGCCGUCACUCAGAGGCCUCAGCCAGCUAAUAGCUCCAUUCUGGUCUGAAAGCACCUCUGUAAAUCUGCAUGAACUAUCCUCUUGAUUCUUUCCCACCUGUUAUUGCACCUGUAUGCCUCCUGUCCCCUCUGCAACCCCCCGUUCACCCCCGUCUCCCCCUGUAUCACGAUGUUGUUGGACAUGUGUGGAUUUCAGUGGCAUCUGUGGCAAGCACUGCAUCUUCAGUGCAUGAGCUGGCAGCUUCUCCAUCGAGCUGCUCCCCCUGUGUCAGACUGGCUUAAGCAGUUCUCUAAAUGACCAGAUGGGUGUGCUGUUUCCCUGUUU